CAGGUAAGAGGCAGCAGGUCUGGGUUAGGCCACACCCCCUGUGUCCUACCUGUCCAGCUGCUCUCACCUGUCGACUCACCUGUCCACCAUGAGCUUUCCAGAACAAACACCUGAGAAGCUGAUUUCUUCUGCAGCUCCGUUCUCUCCUGUGGUCCACCUGAAUGUCGGAGGUCACCUGUUCAGCUCCACAAUGAGCACGCUCAGAAGACACCCCGACUCCAAGCUGGCCGAGAUGUUUAAUGGACAGAUCAAACCGAGAACCGAUGCUCAGGGACGCUUCUUCAUUGACCGCGACGGAUCACACUUUGGAGCUCUGCUGGAGUUCAUGAGAUCAGAGACACUUCCAACGGAGAACAUCGAGGAGGUCCACCGGGAGGCGCUCUUCUACAACAUCACGGCUCUCAUCAAACGUCUGGAGGAAACUCCUCAGCUGUUUGGAGAGCUGGUCGGUCGGCAGCAGUUCCUGUCCAGAGUCCCACAUUACCAGGAGAACAUCGAGGUUCUGAUCCGGAUCGCCCGAGCUGAGGCCGUCGCCGCCCGUCGCUCCACUAUCAUGAUCUGCGUUCUGCCGUCCAAGGACGAUGUGGGUUUCUAUGAAGAUGCCAUCAGCUGCCUGGAGGCGGACAAGGAGUCAGUGGUGACGUUUGGUCCGUGGACGGCGUCUCCGUCGGCCCGGGACCUGCUGGACUGUGUGAAGAUGGACAUCGAGAGUCAAGGCUACCGGGUGGAGAUCCAGCCUCACGUCAUGGAGAGGAGCUUCAUGUCCCGGAGCUACGACUACUUCUACAGGCUCACCUUCACCUGGUGGUAGCAUCUCCACCUUCAUCUGGUGGUUCCAUCUCCACUUUCACCUGGUGGUUCCAUCUCCACCUUCACCUGGUGGUUCUAUCUCCACCUUCACCUGGUGGUUCCAUUUCCAGCUUCACCUGGUGGUUCCAUUUCCACUUUCACCUGGUGGUUCCAUCUCCACCUUCACCUGGUGGUUCCAUCUCCACCUUCACCUGGUGGUAGCAGCUCCACCUUCACCUGGUGGUUCCAUUUCCACCUUCACCUGGUGGUAGCAUCUCCACCUUCACCUGCUGGUUCCAUCUCCACCUUCACCUGGUGGUUCCAUUUCCACCUUCACCUGGUGGUAGCAUCUCCACUUUCACCUGGUGGUGACGCUAACAUUUAUAAACUCACUUGGUGGUGACGCCUCCACAGAUGAUAAAAACAUGUCCUGAGUGACUCAACUAUUCUCCAACGUGACUUAUUUAGUCCAAAAUGACGAAAAAUCGUGAAAAUCUGUUUAAGUCGCUCAGAACUGUCCAAAAUGACACAUUCCUACAAUUCCUGAGAUGUUUUUUCUUACGAAUGACUCAAGCCGUCAUCAAGUCCUGGUGUCAGUCAGAACCAUGUGGGUCCAUGACGAAGUAUCUAGAAAAGUUCUUUAAAGAACCAGUUUUUCUGUUCUGAAGGAACCAUUUUCUAAUUUAUUUUGGUUUGGAUCCGUUUUGGCCACCAGAGGUCAGUAGAGCCUCUGUUUGUGAUUCUGUGGUUUAAAAACAGUUUUUAUUUUUAUCUCUUUACUUCUUUAAAACAAAUAAAAAAUACAUUUUAUCAACCUGA